AUGAGCGAAGAAGCAAGCGCGGAGGCUGCAGUGCCCGCGGCCCUCGAAGCGGCGGACGGCUCGCUACCCAGCGGCUCCGCCGGCGAGGUCCCGCCCGCCGGCGGCUCAGUCGAGGCGUCACCGCCUCCUGAUGGAGGAAGAGGUUUGGGCGGCAGGCCGUGGCAACGCGACGGCGAGGGCAGCUAUUCCUUUCCAAACGGCAUGGACGGUGAUCACCUGCGUGGCCGCUGGGAGCAGAGCUGCGACCCACAGCGCAUCGGUCGGCCCGACCACUUUGCGUACGGGCGCAGCCUUCCCGUCCUGCAGGGCGGCUUCGACUACCGCUUCUGCUUUCAGCAGUCCGCCAACGAGCGCCUGCGGAGCGCCGAGGCGCUCUCGUGGUCGUGGCGGCCGGACGGCUGCCGGCUCGAGCCCGUGCGCGGGUUUUCAGAGUGGCUCGGCGAGCGCACUCUCCUCUUCGUGGGCGACUCGCUCACCGCGCAGCAUUUCUACAGCCUGGUGUGGCUGCUCGGCGGAGAUGCGGGUACGGAGGAGCUGCUCGACUUGGAGAGUCUCCUCCGCGUGGAGCAAGGCGCGCGUGUGGACCGCUGCACCACGAGCAUGAACAGCGAGGGCGGUGGCGCGAGCCGCGUGAGCCGCGUCCGUCUGAGGCAUGGCGGAGUCGUGUACAAGGUGAUGCGACACGGCGAGCUGGAGGACGAGCUGCGGAACCUCAACCGCGUGAGCUGGCUGCAGCUCGUGCGCUCGGUGGAUAUUCUCCUCCUGAAUGUCGGCCAUUGGCACCAUCGAAGAGACCCGGGGUUCGCGCGCUACGAGGAGGACGCAGAGGCCGUCACGCGACAGCUCGAGCUGCAGCUCAAGCCGAGCGCCCACGUCGUCUACCGAACAACCAACGUCGGCCACCCAGGGUGCGAGAGCGCGGCUCGGCCACUGCGCAGCCGGCUUGAGGCGUGGAGCGCUCUCGCCCCGGAGGGAGGCGACGCCGACCUGUUUACGUGGAACUCGACUGCGCAGCUCGCGCGGCAGACAAAGAGCCUCAAGGACUCCUUGUUCAGGGAUCCCCACAGUUGGAGGGGUCCGCCGCUGUUCGAGGCGGCGUGGGCCGCGUCGGCGGCGCGGAGGAGGCCCGACUUUGCUCGCCGCUUUUGGCUGCUGAACGUCUCGUUUGUCGACCAGCGAGCCGACGGGCAUGUGGCGGGGGCGAUGCGAGCUGGCGUGCUCGGCUCGCGCCAGAGGUUUCCGCUCGACUGCCUGCACUACUGCUUCCCGGGCCCGGCUGACUAUUGGGCGCUGGCGCUCGUCAACCUGCUGCGGCGGCAAGUGCCAGCGGCUAGACAACGUGGCGCAGCAGCGUGA